AUGGUUGUAGGUUGGCGUAACUACGGCCAAUUGACGUCAAUCGUGAAGACUCUUCCUUUCUCAGAUUCGUUUCCUGUGCCCCCUCACCUGACCAUUGAUGAACAGCCCGCUGGAGUUCAGGCCUGGCUUCCGAUCGUCGGUCUCGAUGAUUUUCAGGCACAACAUACUUGCACCUGCGCCUGGUCUGAAAAUACCACUUUAAUGGCUCAGAGCUUGGGUAAACGGUCUGGCGGUCCGGCCUUUAGCAUCUAG